UCUGACCAAUCACAGUUAAUUUAUUUAUCACGCUGAACGUGGGAAUACAUACUGUGAUCUUCUUGAAAGCACAGUAGCACACGGUUCAAGGUUGUUGCUGUAGUUAAAUCACUGUAACAUGGGGGUGUUGUCAGCACUGAUGCGGGGGCUCGUGAGAGGAGCCGACAGAAUGGCCGAGUUCACAAGCAAGCGCGGGCCCAGGACAUUCUACAAGAGCAGAGGUGCGAGACCCACUGGAGUCCUCACCUCCAGCAGAAAGUUCAUACCUGUACAGGCCAUGAUACCAGAAUUUGUGGUGCCCAAUCUGGAAGGAUUUAACCUGAAACCAUAUGUGUCAUACAAGACCCCUGCAGGGACCGAGCCGCCCAUGACUCCAGAGAUGAUCUUCAAUCAGGUGGUGGCCCCACAGAUCGAGAGAGACAUUGAGGAAGGGGUUUUCAAUGAGGAGAAUCUUGAGAAAUAUGGAUUAGAGAAAACACAAGGGGGGAAGCUGUUCAAGCUACAUCCCAGGAACUUUGUUCGUUAAGUGGACUUUGUGUUUCAGUGGUUUGCUGAUGGACUGUAAACAAGUGUAUGAUGUUUUCUUAAACUUCUGAACAGAAGUCAUGAAAAAUUUGUCUCUUCAUCGGGAAAUUAUUAAAAACUACUGGAAUGAAAAUUUCAAACCCCUAGCAAAACUGAUAUAUUGCCAGUGAAUAAUUUCGUAAAGCAGGGGUUUUCAAACUGGGGGGGGGGGUCAAUGGAAAUGUUCACA